AUGCCGCGCAGUCACAACUACAACCAGCCAGGGCAGUACCGGGGGGUAAGAAAGCGCGGGGAAUUUCGUUACGUUGCAGAGAUCAAAGACACCAAGAAAGGGGUCCGCAGGUGGCUGGGCACGUUCCGUUCCGCAGAGGAGGCCGCUCGCGCGUUUGAUGAAGCUGCUUUGAAUAUUCGAGGAUCAAAGGCGAAGCUCAACUUCCCAAGGAAGCAUAUUCAGAAAAGGGGAGGGGUAGUAGGCCCAAAUCCUGUAGCAAUAGUAGGAGCAACGGCUAGGAUGGAAGCAGCAGAAGGGGAUGCAGGGGUGGAUGGUGGAGGAAUGGUUUUGGGAGAGCAGCAACUUGGUGCAGUAAGGCAGGAUAGGGAGAGCAGUAGUACUAGGAGCGGGGAAGGGAAAGGGAAGGAGGUAGGAUACAGUGAAGACUCGGUGGACGUGGGAUUGAUGGGAGAGCUUGUGGGUCAGACUUCACAGCAGAGAGAGGGAAAAAUCAAGGAAGAAGCAGUGACAUUUUCUGUGCCUCAAACGUCGUUUGGAGAGGGAACGAGGAGGGGGUUGGUAGCAGCGAACAUCGGGGCGCCUCAAAGGUUGUCUGCAGUGGGAACAGGUGGGACAGCAUUUACAAAGAAAACAGGAGCAGAAUCAGGGGUUAUAGGAACAUCAUUAGUAUCAGCUGCAGGUAUGGGACGGGGAGGACGAGGAAGAGGAAGAAGGGGGGGUGCAGGAGGAGGAUGUGGAGGAGGAGGAGGAGGAGGAGGAGGAGGAGGAGGAGGAGGAGGAGGAGGAGGAGGAGGAGGAGGAGGAGGAGGAGGUGUAGGAGGAGGUGUAGGAGGAGGUGUAGGAGGAGGUGUAGGAGGAGGUGUAGGAGGAGGUGUAGGAGGAGGUGUAGGAGGAGGUGUAGGAGGAGGAGGAGGAGGAGGAGGAGGAGGAGGAGGAGGAGGAGGAGGAGGAGGAGGAGGAGGAGGAGGAGGUGUAGGAGGAGGUGUAGGAGGAGGUGUAGGAGGAGGUGUAGGAGGAGGUGUAGGAGGAGGUGUAGGAGGAGGUGUAGGAGGAGGUGUAGGAGGAGGAGGAGGAGGAGGAGGAGGAGGAGGAGGAGGAGGAGGAGGAGGAGAAGGAGGAGGAGGAGGAGGAGGAGGUGUAGGAAGAGGUGUAGGAAGAGAAGGAGUAGUAGGCUUUGCAGCAGAAACGUCAGCAGGCAGUGGUAACGGGAGCAAAGGUGGAGGAGGAUACAUUGCAGAAGGGAGAUCCACUGUAAGCGGUAGUAGCUCGAGCUUAGCCGCCCCUUCCUCCUCCUCCGCCCCUUCCACCUCUGCCAAUUCUGCCUCUGCCUCCUCCGCCACUGUCCAUGCCCUGCAAUCCACAUUUGCUGAUAUCUCAGCCCCAGAAGCUGCUCCCACCACCGGCAACCCAACGUUUAGAAGCGCUGCGAUGAAUCGGCACAUAUUUCAUCCGGAGAAGCUGCCAAGUGCUAUAGUAACUGGACAGGGGAUGCAGGGAUUCACUGCACUGGGAGCAGAUCUGGAACGGUUUGGUGGGCUGGGAUUGGAGGAGGUGGGAUUUGAGGGCUUGACGGAAGGAGAGAGGGAGUUGUUCUCUGAACUUGCGGAGCAGUUUGCUCAGCAGCUGGGGGGGAUUGAAGAAACCAAAGGGGUUGGAGGGAGUGGGGUUGGUACUGCGAAAGGCAAGGAGGCAGUGGAAGAAUGGGAGGCGUCUCCAGGGGAAGAAAGCAGUGGGAGCCGAGAAACUAGUGACGGGGAAGGGGUGAUGGAGGAGGACGGUGCGAUGGAGGCGAAGAUGGGAAUGGAUGAGCAUUUGGCUGGCCUUGUUUCCCAUGAUAGUGGGGUGCAGCAGCAGUGGGUCCUUCCGGUCAUGAAGUAUGGCCCUCAGAACUGGCAGACAGGCAGCAGGCUUUGGCUGCAGCGCAGCACGCACUGA